AAUCAAGUUACUGGCUCUUAGUCAGUCGAGACCAGUCUGUAUCACAACCAUUCCUCCUCGUUUUGAUGUGCAAUCCAAUGAUGCCAUUCACUAUGACAUAGCACUUGCUAAUAAUUACAUAAGGGAGCUUGUCUCCAGAAUGAACAAUAUAGAUCUUAUUGACUUGGAACUAUUCGAAAGACAUUGUUUUACAAAGCAUGGACUGCACUUAAACUAUAAGGGAAAAAAGAAGUUAGCGUUCAAGAUAAUUAGUUCAAUUAAAAAUCUAGUUACAAAACAACACGUAACUGUUGCAUCUGGAGAUGGCAGCCUCACUGUAAAUAACUUAGAAAAUCCAUCACAUGACAACGUAACCAACUUAGAAGCCAUAAACAUACUUAACUCAAACAUGGCAGAUGUUAUUAAAAACUAUAGACACAAGAAAAAAGUGGGGUUCGCUCAUAGCAUCUCUGCUGAUUUCCACGAUAAAGCGCCACAUGACAGCUGGAGUGGCAGUCGUCUUUAA